AUCCGGAGCCGCGGGUGGCAGCAGCAGAAACGAUGAGGAGGAAGAUUUAGAAAUUGGCCUGAAGGAGGGACCCUCCCUCUGGCGCGGCAUGCGAUGUUAAUUCUGGGGCAUUGAUGUUUUACAAUGCCUGAUCAAGACAAAAAGGUGAAGACCACAGAAAAAUCAACUGAUAAAAAACAACAAGGAAUCACCACCAGGGACUAUUCAGAUCUUAAAAGACUUCGUUGCCUUUUGAACGUCCAGUCAAGCAAACAACAGCUUCCAGCCAUUAACUUCGAUAGUGCCCAAAAUAGCAUGACGAAGACUGAGCACAUCAUCAAGGUGGGUGGACACAGAGCCCGAAGUCAGUGGCAUGAGUCCACAGAAGCUGUUGAACUUGAAAAUUUUAGUAUAAACUACAAGAAUGAGAGAAACUUCAGCAAACAUCCCCAGCAUAAACUAUUUCAGGAGAUCUUUACAGCCUUGGUGAAAAAUAGACUCAUCUGCAGAGAGUGGGUUCAUCGAGCCCCAUCUAUUCACUUUCUGAGAGUGUUAAUCUGUCUGAGACUACUAAUGAGGGAUCCAUGUUAUCAGGAAAUACUCCAUAGCUUGGGUGGAAUUGAAAACCUAGCUCAGUACAUGGAGACUGUGGCCAAUGAGUACCUAGGCUAUGGAGAGGAGCCGCACAGUGUGGACAAGCUGGUCAACAUGACGUAUAUUUUUCAAAAACUUGCUGCUGUCAAAGACCAAAGAGAAUGGGUCACCACAAGCGGAGCACAUAAGACAUUAGUAAAUUUACUUGGUGCCCGAGAUACUAAUGUUUUGUUGGGUGCCCUUCUGGCUCUGGCUAGUUUAGCUGAAAGUCCAGAAUGUAGGGAGAAGAUAAGUGAACUCAACAUUGUAGAAAAUCUGCUGAUGAUUUUGCAUGAAUAUGACUUGCUUUCCAAAAGAUUAACUGCGGAGUUACUGCGCCUCCUUUGUGCCGAACCCCAAGUGAAAGAGCAGGUGAAGCUCUAUGAAGGGAUACCCGUCCUCCUUAGUCUGCUCCACUCUGACCACCUGAAGCUGCUCUGGAGUGUUGUCUGGAUUCUGGUUCAGGUUUGUGAGGACCCUGAGACCAGUGUGGAAAUUCGCAUUUGGGGAGGCAUCAAGCAGCUUCUUCAUAUUUUACGAGGAGACAGAAAUUUUGUUUCCGAUCGUUCUUCCAUUGGCAGCCUGUCUAGUGCAAAUGCAGCAGGCAGAAUCCAGCAGCUUCAUUUGUCAGAAGAUUUAAGCCCUCGGGAAAUACAAGAAAAUAUUUUUUCUCUUCAAGCAGCCUGCUGUGCCGCCCUCACCGAGCUGGUGCUCAACGACACCAACGCCCACCAGGUGGUCCAGGAAAAUGGUGUAUAUACAAUAGCAAAAUUAAUUUUACCAAACAAACAAAAGAAUGCAGCAAAAACGAAUCUAUUACAGUGUUAUGCGUUCAGAGCCUUGAGGUUUCUCUUCAGUAUGGAAAGAAACAGACCACUCUUUAAAAGACUUUUCCCCACCGACUUGUUUGAGAUCUUCAUCGAUAUAGGACAUUAUGUUCGUGAUAUCAGUGCUUAUGAAGAAUUGGUAUCAAAGUUGAAUUUGUUAGUGGAGGAUGAACUGAAGCAAAUUGCUGAAAAUCUUGAAAGCAUUAAUCAGAAUAAAGCUCCUUCGAAAUACAUAGGCAACUAUGCGAUUUUGGAUCAUCUUGGAAGUGGAGCUUUUGGCUGUGUCUACAAGGUUAGAAAGCGUAGUGGUCAAAAUCUUUUAGCAAUGAAAGAGGUCAAUUUACACAACCCAGCAUUUGGAAAGGAUAAAAAAGAUCGAGACAGCAGUGUAAAGAAUAUUGUUUCUGAAUUAACCAUAAUUAAAGAGCAGCUCUAUCAUCCCAAUGUUGUACGCUAUUACAAAACAUUUCUGGAAAGUAAGUAUGAGUUUUCAGGAUAUUUCUAA